AUGGCGGGAAGUACAUAUCAAAUUACUACAUGGAGCAUACUUCACUCCGGAGAAAGGUCACAGGAUGCACAACUUGGAAUUCGACAGAUGCCCGAAAUGCUCACUCCCAGCAGCCGAUAUUGUACACAUGUUCUGGCUAUGUCCAAAAAUCAGAAAAGCUGCAUUAAAGGUGAACGUUUGAUUUGUAUGGAAAUUGGUAGCAUUGUUUAUCCUCUUAUUCCAUUGUCUGAGUUCUUUAAUGAUGUCACCAUGUUGGAAUUUAAUGACAUUUGCAUAAAGGAAUUGGAGAAAUGGAUAAAUACACACGACGCCGCCCAUGAUUGGUCGCAUAUGUUCAAUGAGGAGUGGAAGAAAAGGGAAGAAAAAGUAAAAACAUUAAUUAAACGAAUUCUGAAAUAUGAUCUGACCAAAGAAAAUCCAACAGAUCCGGUUGUGCUUCCAAAAGUCGACUGUAUAUUUAUUGGUUGUUGCCUGGAAAUUAUCAGCAAGACCCAUGAUGACGUCUUGACAAUGCUGAAGAAGGUCUCAAGAUGGCUAACACCAGGCGGUCAUCUUAUAAUGUAUGUUGUGUUAAAUGCUUCAUAUUUCACAGUUGGGGAACAUCACUUUCACAUACUAAAACUGGAUGAAGCCUUUAUAAGUAAAGCUCUCAGGGACAUAGGCUACAAGAUUGAAACCAUAGAUUUGGAAGAAAGGAAAUCAAACCAUGGGGCUGUAUCUUAUGAUCACUUUGCUUUAAUAAUUGCCGUCAUGCAAUGA